GUAAAUGUGGACGUGUACUACGAGUCUUUGUGCCCUGACAGCAAAAAAUUCAUCAACACCCAACUUUAUCCAUCUCUUCAGAACUCACUCAAGAACAGCGUACGCUUGAACUUAAUUCCUUAUGGAAAAUCUACGCACCAGACGCGCGGAUCAGACGUAGAAUUCGAAUGUCAUCAUGGUCCAAAUGAAUGCUACGGUAACAAAGUACAUGCCUGUGCUCUAAACCACAUCCAGGUGGAUUCUUUCCAACAAAGACACACAAGAGAAUCUUUGAUCCUCACCUAUAUCAACUGUCUGAUGGAGAAUUCUAAUCUCAACCCCAGCAACCUCUUCCCAACUCAAAUGUGUGCCCAGAAACAUCAAGUCCAACAAUACGAAGCAAUUGUAAACUGCGCCAAUGGAACAGAAGGAAGUUCUCUACUUGCCUCCUUUGGUGAAAAAACACACAAACUGAGCCCACCAUUGACUUCAGUGCCAACUAUUGUUUUCAAUUCGCAAUACGAUCGCAACUUACAAUCCUUGGCAGAGUCUAACUUCGUUAUGGCCGUUUGCAAGAAUUUGGAAUGCCACGUCCACAAGAAUGCCCUCAAAUCAACUCGGCUCCCAUCAACACGGUAG